AUGAUUUCUCUUUGCCUAAAGGAAAGAAUUUUGGGUGCAGGAACAGUUUGCCAGCUCACUGGCAGUUUAACAUUUCUUGUUAUGGGUUGGCUGACUAAGAUUCUCAAAGGUUCUAGCUAUAAAGGGCACUCUCAUCGGAAAUAUGGGCAUGAUAGAUCGUGGGACGAACCUCGUGAUUCAGUGGAAGAGGAUGUAGAUAUUGCUAUUGCAUUGUCCCUUUCAGAACUAGAUCAAAAAGGAAAAAAUGUAAUCGAAGAUGAAUCUGAAUCAGAGGAUGAUGAACAAUCUGCUAAAUUUGAAUCAGACAGUGAUGAACAACCUACCAAAGUUCAGUCAGACGAUGAUGAGAAACCUGCCAAAGUUCAGUCAGACGAUGAUGAAAAACCUGCCAAAUUUCAAUAUGAGGAAGAUGAACAAAGUGCUAAAGUUCAAUUGGAGGAAGAUGAACAACUUGCAAAGGCUCUUCAAGAAAGUUUGAACAUGGGUUCUCCUCCUCGAGAUGAUAAUGGCAGUAUAUUUCAACCUUUUCCAUUCUUCAUGCCAGCUGGGUACAGUAGGAUAUGUGCUGGCUGCAAGUUGGAGAUUGGCCAUGGGCGAUAUUUGAGUUGCAUGGGUACUGUUUGGCAUCCAGAAUGUUUUCGUUGCCGUGCUUGCAAUCUUCCAAUUACUGAUUAUGAGUAUUCUAUGUCUGGGAAUCACCCUUACCACAAAUCCUGCUAUAAGGAGCAGCAUCACCCAAGAUGUGAUGUUUGUAAGAAUUUUAUCCCAACAAAUUCAAAUGGUCUUAUUGAGUAUAGGGCACAUCCUUUCUGGCUACAAAAGUACUGCCCCUCUCAUGAACGUGAUAGGACGCCUCGGUGUUGUAGCUGUGAAAGAAUGGAGCCAAGGGACGCAAGAUAUUUGUUACUUGAUGAUGGUCGGAAGCUAUGUCUGGAGUGUCUAGACUCAGCAAUUAUGGAUACACACGAAUGCCAACCCCUUUAUCUUGAAAUACAAGAUUUUUACGAAGGUUUAAACAUGAAAGUGAAGCAGCAAGUUCCAAUGCUCUUGGUUGAGAGACAAGCUCUAAAUGAGGCCAUGGAGGGAGAAAAGAAUGGUCAUCAUCACAUGCCAGAGACUAGAGGACUCUGCUUGUCAGAAGAACAGACUGUUACCACUAUUUUACGGAGGCCAAAGAUCGGAGCUGGCUACCGGAUGAUAGACAUGGUAACUGAGCCUCAUAGGCUGAUUCGCCGCUGUGAAGUAACAGCAAUUCUUGUAUUGUAUGGCCUUCCUAGGUUGCUGACAGGGUCGAUUCUGGCUCAUGAGAUGAUGCAUGCAUGGCUAAGACUUAACGGCUAUCCGAACCUGAGCCCGGAGGUUGAAGAAGGUAUCUGCCAAGUGUUGGCCCAUAUGUGGCUGGACGCUGAGAUGUAUUCUACAUCCGGUAGUGAUGUUGCCUCAUCAUCUACGUCUUCCUCCUCUUCAUCCUCUUCUAGUUCGGCGUCAUCUAAGAAGGGAAAACGGUCUGACUUUGAGAAGAAGCUUGGUGAUUUUUUCAAACACCAAAUUGAGUCGGAUUCAUCAACAGCAUAUGGAGAAGGAUUCAGGAUAGGAAAUAAAGCAGUGCUCAAGUAUGGUCUAAGGAGGACCCUUGAUCAUAUUCGAAUGACUGGAAGCUUUCCGGACAGAAAAUCCAUAUACAUCAUAAAGGGGAGAGAGAGAGAGAGAGAGAGAGAAGCAAUGGAAAUGCUCACUUCUAUGUGA